GGUUAGGGGAGUGAGAUGGUCCUUAUCCAAUGGAAAGCGUCGGGGAAGCGGGAUGGGCGGGGCCGCCGAGCUCAUAAAAGGGGAAGGAGGGCGAGGCGGCGAAGGGUUCUUGCUCGCGAGGCCGACGGGGUUGCUUCGGGAGGGGGCGUGGCCUGGAAGGCUAGGCGGAGGAGGCGGGGCUUAACCCGUGACGGUUUGCGAGGGGUGGGAGAGAAGGUGUCUGCCGAAAGCAGCUGUCUGGGCCACACAAAAUGGCGGAGGGCGACAAUAGGAGCACCAACCAGCUGGUGGGCUGCAGAGACAGCUAGCUUGGAAGAGCAGUUGCAAGGAUGGGGUGAAGUGAUUCUGGUGACAGACAAAAUCCUUCGUUGGGAAAAACCAUGGUUUCCACCUGCUAUGAUUGCUGUAGUUUCCUUCAUCUUUCUGAUGAUCUACUACUUGGACCCAUCUGUUCUUUCAGGUGUUUCUUGCUUUGUUAUGCUGCUUUGUUUGGCUGACUACCUUGUACCUGCUCUUGCUCCUAGAAUUUUUGGCUCCAGUAAAUGGACUACUGAACAACAGCAGCGGUUCCAUGAAAUUUGUAGCAACCUGGUAAAAACACGGCGUGGAAUUGUUGGUUGGUGGAAACGUCUUUUCACAUUUAAGGAGGAAAAGCCUAAAAUGUACUUCAUGACAAUGCUCUGUUCCUUAGCUGUGAUUGCUUGGAUAGGACAGCAAGUUCAUAACCUCUUCCUCACCUACCUUAUUGUGAGCUGCUUCUUGUUGUUUCCUGGGUUAAACAAGCACGGAAUAAUUUCAAAAUAUGCUGGAAUGGCAAAAAGGGAGGUCAACAAACUCCUGAAGCAAAAGGAGAAGAAAAACGAAUGAAACAUUGCUUGCUAAUUCACUCUAUAGUAUAAUUGUGUUCUGGGAACAAUUCAACGAAUUAUUGUGUGUUUAAUAGUAUAGAAGUGCUUAUUUCAGUCAUCGCUUUUUGAUUUUAAAUAAGGGCCCUUCUUACGCUGUUUAAACAGGAACUGUAUGGUCCCUCAGUCACACACUAAUAGUCUUCUAACACGGACAGUUAUUCUUACAGUAAGUGUGACUAGCAACUUCAAUACUGUAAUAAGACUGAUCAAUAACAACUGGUGGUGGUGAACUGGGUAACAUUUUCCAUUCCUCUUGAGCAUUUUAAGGACCCUCUGGACUGUCUAGAUUUACUUCAAAAUGCCCUCUAGAUUAAAUUGCUAAAUGUACGAUGUUGUAGGUGACAGGUGAUUUGAAUAAACAAAGCUCCUAAACUCUGAAUCCCAGUUGUAGUUGUAGCUCUGCAAUGCAACUUAAUUGCACUGAAACUGAAUGAAAAAACUUAAGUCAGGAUGCACAGACAGUCAACUUCAUUGCUUCUAUUAUUUAAAUAGCUCUAGUUUUGGUGUUGUGAAACAUGUCUGUAGUUUUUUAAAAAUAUGGUCUUAUAUAAAAUCAUGUUGAAAAUACGUGAUGCGUCUGUCUUGCCAACAAGUCUCUGGAGUUAUUUGUGUUUUCUUAAUGCUAUUUUGUUUUUACUACACAUUUCUUAAGUAAAAGUUUGUAACCUGUUAAAAUGAUAGGCAUCUUAAAUUUCCGUUUUACAGGCAAAUUUCUGUCUUAAUUGUAAAUUGAUGAACAGUGUUAUCUUACGUUUGAAAAUAUAGACUUGAGAAAUCUUGAAA